AUGCAAACUGAUCAAUCACAGAAAGAUCAACUUGUUCUGAUACAAAAGCUAGAAAAGGACAAUUUAGAAAGGGAAUUGCAUAUUAAGAGACUACGGGAACACAACGAAUUUUUGGAAGAGGAAAUCAUACAAUUUGACUCAACCAGUGAGUCAACAAUAGGUAACUUAAAAAGCCAAAUCCUAUUCUUGAAAUCGCAAAUAGAGGAACUUAAAAGUCAUUCAAAUAAAAAAACUGUGGAUGCACAAACACAAACUCUACCUCAAAUGAAACCUGCCAACUAUACUGUUGGAAUGCAAACGAUUAGCAACCCAACCUGUGAACUUGGAAUCCAAACAGACACUGAAACGGAAAGCAAAACAACAACAAACAUAAUAACUUUGGAGGCACAUACACAAACCCUAGCUGAAAUAAAACUGACUAAUAACGCUGCAGGAACACAAACUAUCAGCUGUGAACUUGGAACUCAAACAGAACUGACGGAGGAAGCCUUGGAAGAAGUGAUGUACUCAAAUGCAUUAAAAACAAUUCACCUAGAUAAAGGCACCCAAACUUCCAGUGAAAUACAAGCGGAAGACCCAAAUAACCAAACACUAGAAAGUGAUCAAAAGACGUCACAAAAACCACAGGCGUUUUUGAUUACAAAUUCUGAAAUGAAGGGAUUGGUCGGAAUAUUUAAAGCAUGCACCAGGAAAAGCUAUGACAUAAGCUAUCGUUAUUUACACAGAGCAACUAUAAAUGACCUCUUUAGCCAUGCUGAAUCAUAUGCGAACAAGAUAAGGGUAAAUGAUUUACUAAUAAUUUUCACUGGUAAUGAGGAUGCAUGUAGAAAUACUUCACUUAACAAGGAUUUUAGGAAACUGGCAAGUUCACGAGGAAAAGUUUUUGUAGCUGGGUGUCCCUUUUCCACAAACAGACCUGUUUUGAAUAAAUUCAUACAAAAAACAAACUUCAAUCUAGAAGAAUCUUUAAGAAACACACCCAUAACAUAUAUCAGCACAAGCUUGAUGCAACAACAAAAAAUGACCACAAAAAUCUGCUGGGAGUACCAGGGUUUAGUAAAAUUGAUUAAUUACCUCUUGGUCAAAAUAAACAAAGUGCCAGGAAACACCGGCAUUAGAAAAAAAACUACCCAACUUAUUCAGCGUCAACAAAACCCGCAUUUGCACGACAACGUACAGAAUAUUGCUGCGCAAGAUUUCAGCUACAUAAACGAAAACGAGCAGUUUACAAACCGCCUAAAUAAAUUACGCGAAAACUCUCCUAUCAAACAAAAGAUAGUAAUACAUCGAAAUAUAAAACUAGCAAGUGCUAAACCUCAAACUAAUCUUAGCCCAAUUAAAGACAUCAAAAAUACUGUCAUACGGAAAACAUCAGCUGAUUCUGGGGAGGCAGAAGCAUGGGACAGUUCAGCAGGAAAACUAGGAAAGCACAACAUUUUAAGAAAAAGUGUGAUUGGCGCUAGUGAUCAUAGGUGUAAAAAGGCCUCUAGUUGUGCUCGUGGCAGUCAGAAUUGUGAUAACUUUGAUAAAUCAUGUAGUAUUGCAUCAGUGGGUAAUCUGAAAUCUAUCCACGACUAUUACCAAAAUGCCGUUUCUGAUGUUUUACUCAACCUAAACGAUGAUGAGCCUGCUAUAGACUCUCCCACAACAAAACUUCAAAAAAUAGAUGUGGCUAAUGUUGAAACUUGUGUGGGAGAUUCUAUAAGAUAA